ACGCCGCAGCCCUGAAUUGAGGUAUUUAGCCAUCAAUUGAUUCAUUCGCCAAUUUGAUAUCAAAAUCGUCCCUUUUAAUUGUCCUACCUGGUCUUCCCAAUCGGCUUGCCGGGUCAUUUCUCGUCUUAGGUCGGUUGAUUGGCCGCCACGUUUCUAGUACGCUCGUAUCCGUGACUUGGUACUUCGUACAUCAUCAUGAUCUAUUUUUGCCGUUAUCAGUCUUUCCUAUGCUGUAUUUUGAUGUUUAUUUGCAAGUCCCCAACUGAUACGGACUCUGACAUCAAAUUUUCUUUAUUUGACCUGCGGCUCUACAUUUUCGUAUUGUUGAGGACCUUGCUAAACGCAUUGAAUAUUGUUAUGUUGUGUUACAUCAUAAGCACUUGUCUGCAUGUGCCUCUGCAGGUACGAGUUGACCGCCCCUACCUCCCAGGAAUUCGCCAGUACUUUGCCCUUCACCUCCAGCUACAACCAAGCUUCGCUCCUGCCCUGUCAAUGUCUUUCUCACUAGCUUGAAGUCUAAAGUUAGUCAAAGUUCUCAGCAGACAGAAUCGUAAGUGAAUGUUGGGUCCGGUGACGGACAUGACAUGAUACGACGUUGAGUGCUAAGUAUAAGUAC